AUAUACGCACACAUCCUUCCCGAGAUUCACGUAGGUCUCCAUCCAUCUAUCGAUUUGGAGCCAACAAACCAUAUCAUCGAUCGAUCCCGAGAUUCCUUCCGCCUCUCCGUCCGUCGUCAUCGAGUUCACGCCGAAAGGUACGGGAGUUAGCUGUUGAUCUCAUCUGUAGCAGACUUGAAGAUGAAGCUCUUUGUCGAGACCUUCAUCGGCACCAUGAUCAGCAUCAACGUCGACCCGUCUGACACCAUCAACGUCGUCAAGGCCAAGAUUCAGGAUCAACAGCGCCUUACCUUUGGCGAGGACGAGCUGGAGGACAAACGCACCGUGGCUGAUUAUGGCAUCAAGGAUGAAUCCACUAUUCGCCUCCAUCUGCGUUGCCUGAGAAGGAAGAUCCGAAUUUAUCUCAAAGGGUUGACUGGCAAGACCACCACGCAUCAUUUCGAGAACCUGGACACCAUCGCUUGUGUCAAGGCCAUGAUCCAGGACAGAGACGGCAUUCCUACCGACUACCAGAAGCUCAUCUAUGCCGGGAAACACCUAGAAGAUGGUCGCACCAUGGAUGACUAUGCCAUCCAGGACGACGCCACAUUCCACCUCGUGCUCCGUCUCCGAUCAUGCAGUGGCCAAUGCCCAAGAGUUGGAAUUCCCCAAGACUGAGUACCUAGCUAGUCCAAGUGCGUAACCUAUUUUCCGCCCAUUGUGCUCAAAACCAGUUCCAUAUGGCAUCUGUCAAGUCCUCUAGUUUUUUUUCUUUUCUUUUCUAUGAGAAAGUCCAGUCCAAUCCUGUGGUAUACGACGGCCAUUACGAAGCACAAGAGUAUGCGUUAACUUGUCCAAAGCAUUUACUAUAC